AUGGCCACUACUCAGGAAAAGACCCGUGCUGGGAACCCCCUCACAGAGGAAUUCGCAGCCUUUGUGAAGGAGAAGUUGGAGAAGUGGAAAGUUCCGGGGAUGUCGUUGGCCGUCAUAGAUGGGGAGGACGUUUACGCAGAGGGAUAUGGAUAUGCGACACUCCCAGAUACGCCUGCCACGCCCGAAACAAUCUGGUACUGCGCAUCAACUACAAAGGCUCACACCGCGGCGGCGCUCUCCAAAUUGAUUCACGAGAAGAAGCAUGAUUCCCUGUCAAAGGGGUGGUCGACAACGCUGUCGUCCGUCCUUGGUGAUGACUUUGUCCUGCAGGAUGAGUGGGCUACGAACCACCUCACUCUUGAAGAUGCUGUCAGCCAUCGUACCGGUAUGCCUAGGCAUGAUAAGUCCUCUGUGAGAGAAAUCGACGGGAGGCAAGCCACGCCUAGGGAUAUUGUGCGCAACCUUCGCAAUCUUCCUGUUACGACGGAGCCAAGAGUUUCGUUCUACUACUGUAAUUUGAUGUAUGUGACGUUGUCGCAUGUCGUCGAGACAGUUACGGGGAGUAAGUUGGGCAAGGUAUUCAAGGAGCUGAUCUGGGGUCCCUUGGACAUGAAGUCCACGUACUUGGAUUUGGAGGACGCGAAGAAAGCGGACGGUCAUUUGGCGGAUGGAUAUUACUGGGAUAAAAAGAAGGAGGAGUAUAAAUGGAUUGAUUUUCUGGGUGUUGGGGAGGUCAGUGGUGCGGGGGGUACGUUUUCGACGGCUCUGGAUUACGCGAAAUGGGUGAAGUGCUUGCUGCAUGAGACGGAGCCACUGUCCAAGGAUGUUCAUAAGGAUAUCAAGAAACCGAGGUCGAUUGGGACGACGGCUCCGGGGGGCGGACUCGAGAUUUCGUUGUACUCGCUGGGGUGGCAGAGGACGCUGUAUAAGGGGCAUGUUGUGUAUACGCAUGGCGGUGGGAUGCAUGCUUAUGGGUGUGAGGUCUACUGGUUGCCGGAUGCGAAGUUUGGUGUUGUUGCGUUUGGAAACACGGCGUUUACGUCGAAUGCGGUUCAGGAUGUUGUUAUUUAUCGCUUGAUUGGGGAUAAGCUUGGUAUUCCGGAGGAGGAACGGUUUGACUUUGAUACAACGUGGGAGCAGAGGAUCAAGGCAAUUAGUGGCGAGAUAGAGGAUCCUGUCAAGGAGGCUUUCCCUAACCGUCCAGACACUGCGAUUGCAUCGUCCUUUACGACAAGCGAGCUUGUGGGAUCGUACUAUGAUCCUGGGUACGGCACGAUUACUUUCCGCGAGGAGUCUCAUCCUGACAACCCGGAUGAGAAGUCCCUCGUUGCUGAUCGUCCGGAAAUGACCUGGAAGUAUCAUGUCCGUCUACGACACGCGUUUGGGGAUUACUGGGUCGUCGUGGUUACUACGCCUUGGAAUCCUACCUUGUUCAAUGAGUGUCUGCCGGGGGAGUUUAAGCGUGGCACCGAUGGCAAGGUUGCUGCUUUGGAGAUUGAGUGGGCGAGCCGUAUGGGUGGCAUGCAUGAGGGCAAGGCCGUCUUUAAGAGGGUGGUUGAGAAGGAGUGA